AUGACAGAUUCAGAGGAAAAGUCUGUGUGCGACCCUGCAGACCCCGUCGUUGCGCUUCUCAAGAGACAGCUCGACGUUGUGCCUUCGGCUCCUCAAGGAAACAUGCUCUCCGUGGACUUUUCCACGCCCCUCGCGGGAGCGGCUCGCGCAGAACGAAUUCGACAAUUGUCGCAUAAUCAUCCAGCAUUUGAAAAGUCCCGCUUCACGCAGGAAAUCCUCGUCAAGAUUCAGCACUCCCUUCGCCGCAUGCCUGGCGUUUCGUCCAAUGAAUCCGCCGAGAUCAUCGCACAGCUUCAGGAGGUCGGGCAGAUCAUCAGCCAAGAGACCAGUCAGCUUGUCGACGCGCUGAUGAACCUCACUCUCGAUCAGGAGGAUACCGACCAGGCGAUGUCUCGUAUGAGCCUUGAGUCCAGCUUGAUGAAGGCAGAGACGGACGACAAGGCGCAGAUGAUUCGUGAUCUGCGCGGUGAAGUUGAUGCGGAGAGGAAAAAGCGCGAACAGGCGGAGAAUGAUGUCAAGAAGGUGAUGAGUGAUUUGCAUGAGCUUUCUGUGGAUUUUAAAAAGGUGAAGGAGAAGGCGACCUUGAAGCAUGGAGAAGAUGGUGUUGUUCGUGAUGGAAUGAUCAAGGGACUCGAGGAUACGAUUCGCCAUCUGGAGGACCAAGUGAAUAAUCGGCGCUCACUCUGGGUCAUGAAGCAUCCUGAUCCGCAGUCCGUGGCGCGUGCUAUUGAGACGUUGGCUGACUCGGUGCAGGACAACCAUGCUGCUCACAAAACCAUCAUGUCUAUCAAGCCACGAGCUGCUCGAGAAAGCUUCAUGGACGUGAGACAGCUCGGAGAAGUAGAUGUCCGUCCAUAUGGUGACAUGGCACCACCGCCUCGUCCGCCCUCCGUCUUCAGACCUUCUUCUGUUGCGCCGCCCAAGUUUGGGCCCCUUCAAGCUGGACCGCCUCGCGGGCAGUCUGCGUUUUCUCAUGAACGUCGGUACCAGGGCUCUGCUUCGUGGACUUCUUCACAGGCGCGAGUUGCUCAGGGUAGUAAUCCGUUUUAUUCUAAUGCCGGGUCGUUUAGUCGUCCGCCUACCAGGAAGGCGUACCAUGCUCCUUCGCGAUACAGACCGACUGCAGCUGAGUUCCAGCCGUCCUACUCUAUGCCGGAGAAUGUUCCUGUGCGUCCUGGAACGGCAUUUGGUCACCACCAGCAUGAAUAUUAUCCCCAGACGCCGACUUCACGCUCUCGAAACGGACGGUUCCUGGACUUGAAUCACGCUGAAUUCGGGAGUGCGCCAUCAUCUGCGGGAAACGCAAUCGUCCAUCGGAACAACUUCUCUGGUCCGCUGAUCCAUAUGACCGAUCAGAGUGUGGCAGCGUGGAAUGAAUCCAUCAUGGACUUUUACGCCAUGAUCCGCGCAUUCGUCGAGCGCCAUGCUAAUAUUCCUGAUCCAGCAAUGGCCAUGAAAAUGAGCACCACGUCCCUAUGGCCCGUCCUCCUGGCGACAUAUCACCCUCUCUCCGCUAAAGAAGCCUCCUCAUACUUGGACAUUCAUCUUCGAGAAAACAACCCCAAGUGCUGUCUCGUAACGCGCGUUAUAAUCGACUACGUCGUCAACAGAGUCUGGGUGCCCAACGCAUGGGUCGGCUCCGACAACGACUACACCUAUGCGCUCCUCGAUCUAGAAAAAGACCUCGAAAAAACCCAAGGUCAACCGUCUGCUCAGCGCCAACCCCUUCUCGACCGCCAAGCCUACAUCCUCGACUCGAUCAACAAGACCGAGUCCCCAGCCUUUCACAAAGACAAAGUCGAUGAGAUAACCGCCUCCCUACUAGGCACCAUCCAGCCUCUUCUCAACCGUCUUACGAACCCGGCGGAAGCGUAUCGCGAUCUCGAGCAGGUCGCUGAACUGGCGUGGGAUUUGUCCUCCAAGAUUCUCUCGUCGCGACUUACCUUUGACUUUCGGUUUCCGGAGGUGGGGACCAGGUUUUCGAGUCAGUCCAUGUUGCCGAUUUGGCCGGCCUUGGAUCCGACGGAGUUGCAGGCGAAGCAUUGGCGGGUGGCGCUGGUGACGACGCCGGUUAUUACGUGUCGGAAUGAUACGGGGAGUAAUAUCUCGGCGCAUUCGGUUGCGUUGGCGGAUGUUUAUUGUAUGCAGUAG